AUGACUGAGUCGACUUCCAACCCAUUGUCCGGCCUGUGGAAGCCGACUCAUCUUCAGGCCCUCUACUACGGUCCUGGAGCUGUGGAGAAACAUCUCCGCGAGACACUUCCCUCAUCAUCUUCCAAAGCAUUCAUUAUCACAGGAGCUUCUCUGGCCAACAAAACUUCACUCGUCAGACAAGUAGAAAACCUCCUUGGAAGUGAUCACCAUGCUGGCACAUUCCCAAACAUCGGUCAGCAUGCGCCUGUCGCACAGCUCGAUGAAGCUACAGAGAUCGUGAAGAAGGACGAUAGCAUCGAUACGCUCAUCAGCAUUGGAGGUGGAAGUCCUAUUGACUCCGCCAAAGCCAUCUCCUACCGGGUGAACGAGAGGCUGGGCAAAUUCUUGUUUCAUAUCACCAUUCCUACCACAUUAAGUGCGGCAGAAUGCACGUUCAUUGCUGGAUACACAAAAGAGGAUGGCACGAAGACGGGGAUCAUACAUCCGGAGAUCGUACCGCAUGUCAUCAUAUACGACUCGAAAUUCGCCCUGGAGACCCCGCCGAAGCUGUGGCUGUCUACUGGCAUGCGGGCAAUGGAUCACGCAAUGGAGAUCAUGUACCAUCCUACAGCGACGGAGAUGCCCGCCAGAAGAAUGGCGCUGUCAGCAGCGUCGGAUCUGUUCACAUACCUCCCAAAGUACAAGGACGACCCUAAAGACGAGGACGCUAUCACGCAGCUGCAGCUCGCCUCUUAUGCAUCUCUCGGCUUUAUCGGCUUGAACCUCAAAGGAGGCCUCGGUCUGAGCCACUCACUCGGAUACGCACUGGGGUCACCGUACUCGAUUCCGCACGGCAUUACCUCCUGCUUGACGCUCGGCCACGUUAUCAAGCUGAAGGCGCAGAAGCCGGAAGAUGCGGCACAGAUCGCAAGAGUACUUGCUGUCAUUGGACAGUCCAGGACCGGUGAUGACCGCCAAGAUGCCACCAAAGUAGGAGACGAGAUUUUGAAGCUUGUGGACAGCCUAGGACUGAAAACGAAUCUGAAAGAGUACAAUGUAGGCGACGAUCAAGUGACUGUCAUCGCAAACAGGGCCACGGGGGCAAAGGAAGGGGAGCUUUACGACAAAGUCUUGGAGCUCGUCAGGAAUCUGUAUUAA